AAAACGACGCCGCUUUAUCAAAAUAAAAUAUCCUCUGUCCCUCUCCCUUGCCUAAAGCCCUCCUCCCCCACGUUGCUGGAAGAUAAUGGCUGCUACAGCUGCUCCCGACAGCUCCAAUGGCCAAACUCUUCCCUCUCAAUGGGACUUUAGCUGUGACUUAGAAGUGGAUUAUGGAUCUGAAGAAAAAGCUUCUGUGGUCUGCACAGCCUUAGCUGUUGAUAAGGAGCUGCAACCAGACAAAGUGAAACGGCAGAUGUCGAUCUCUAAUGGGAAGCUGUCAAUACAUUUCGAGGCUGUUGAGGCAAGAUUCCUUCGUGCAUCAUUUAGUGCUUUUGUCGACGUUCUUACACUCGCAACAAGAACAAUCGAAGAAUUCAGCCCAGCAACGAAAUUAUGAUGUCAAUUUUGUUCUCCAAUUUGUAUGUUUUUGUUGUUCAAUGAGCUGUAACUUUUAUUCAUGCUCAUUAAUGAAAAUCAUGAAACCCAAAAUUGGGCUGUAGGGUUAAUUCUGUCUCAAACCAGACACGUACAAAUAACCUUGACAGUUUUCAGAUGCUGCUGCUGUUCUAGCUUUAUUCUCUACAAUGAUCAGCUUUAAGAAAAUGGACUACUUGAACUAA